ACUUCCUCACUCUCGGCCGGACUUCCUGUGAAGCUCCAGGCCCCUCAGCGUUAUGGCUGCAUUCCUGCGAGCUCGUAAAUUUGUCCGUAGUGUUGUUCGCUUCUCCGACCGUGAACUGUAAGACGCUGGUGUCGACCGCGUGUGAGGAGACCAGACUCGGGUUGCAGACUGAGCCGCCAUGGCUGAAGAAGAAGCAGAUAUCGGAUGUACAGUUGAGGAUGAAGAUGAAGGUUCAAAUGACCCGAACCUUCAGCAGGAGCUCAAUGCGUUCAGAGUUCAGUGGAUGUCCGAAAUCAAACCGAACUCCGCAGCGAGUGACCGACUGCUGCGAGUUAAAGGUCGGAAGAGGAGCCAAGAGAAGGCUCUGGAGGAGAAAGCCACAGAGCUGUUCUUGAGAGCUGUUCAGGAAGAGCAGAAUGGAGCUGUCUAUGAGGCUAUCAAGUUCUACCGCAUGGCCAUGCAGCUUGUGCCUGACAUCGAGUUUAAAAUCAACUACAGCCGUCCUCUGGAUGCCGACUUAGUUGGAGGAAACUACAUGGAGGACAGUGAUGUUGAAGGUGAGAUUGAAGAUCUACUUACCUACUUUGAGCAGCAAUUCACCUUGGAAAGCUCAUUUCCAAAGAUCUGCACUCCUGAGUUGGAAAUGACUCAGAUGCACAUUUCAGCCUUGCCGCGGGAAAUCCUGAUGUACAUAUUUCGUUGGGUUGUGUCAAGUGAUCUGGACAUGCGAGCCCUGGAGCAGCUCUCUUUGGUUUGCCGGGGGUUUUAUAUUUGUACAAGAGGCCCUGAGCUGUGGCGAUCAGCCUGUUUAAGAGUGUGGGGACGGAACUGCACCAAACUUGUUCCCUUCAACUCCUGGAGGGAAAUGUUUCUGCAAAGGCCACAUGUCCGUUUUGAUGGUGUGUAUAUCAGCAAGACAUCAUACAUUCGUCAAGGAGAGGAAUCACUGGAUGGAUUUUACAGGGCCUUGCACCAUGUUGAGUACUACAGGUACCUCCGGUUCUUCCCCGAUGGCAAAGUCAUGAUGCUGACCACCCCUGAGGUCCCUCUGUCCAUCAUUCCUCGCUUGCGUACCAGGAACACCAGAAUGGAUUCUCUUCUGGUCGGUCAUUUCCGUCUGUCACAGGAGGCAGACAAUCAAACCAAAGUUUUUGCUGUUGUCUGCAAGAAAAAGGAGGAGAAAGGGUCCGAGUUUCAGAAGAAUCGGUUCUGCAGGCGGAACCCAGCUCCCGAAACUGAGCACAUCUUCCACGUGGGACUGCAUCUGUCCUCUGGGGGGCGCCAGAGUUUCAGUAAGCUGGUGUGGAUCCACCACUCCUGCCACAUCACCUACAAGCUGACCGGGGAAGCGGUUGUCACUGCGUUUGACCUGGACACGAUGUACAGCCCCUUCUCCUUUGCACGUGUGAAGAGUUACACUGCUUUCUCCGAGCAGCCUCUCUAAGCAUCAUGGGGACGUGCAUGUGACCCUCAGAGACCACAGCAAACAACAUUUAAUCAAAUGCAUACUUCUCUGCCGGUGUAAUUUGUGCUGCAUCUGGAUAACAUAUUAAUUUAAUCCUCAUGUUUCCUCCACGCGAGCGUGUUAUGUUUCAGGUUUACAUGAUAGAGAACUACUUAUUUUCUGAUUUCAGAAAUGAAAGCAAUGUGUUGAGAGCUAAAAUAAUUAGCCACCUUUCUCCCACCCGUUCUAAGCAAUGAAUGUUUAUACUGUUGUUGUCUCAUGGUGCACUUUCUCCCUCUAAUAAACAGUGGUGAACAGAA